UCCAGUAGCACAUAAACUUUUCAUAGUACGCAGCAGACGACAGCACAGUAUUUAAUGCAUGUUUUAUGGUUUCAUUGAAUCAUUUUGUCCAGAACUCUGAUUGACGUCUUUAUUUUGUGUCAUUUGGUCCGAAGAAAUGAAUUCUUCAAGAAUGAUAUCAGCUUUUUCCAUUAAACUUAGCAGAAAUCUUAGCAGUGAUGUGAGAGUGAGAUUUGCGCCCAGUCCUACUGGUCGUUUACAUCUUGGAGGUCUCCGAACAGCUCUGUACAAUUUUCUAUUUGCUCGAGCAAAUGCAGGAAACUUUAUCAUAAGGAUAGAGGAUACAGAUCAGACGAGAAUUGUUCCAGGUGCAUCAGAAGCUAUAGAGAGUGACCUCCUGUGGAUGGGUAUUGAACCCAAUGAAAGUCCGUCAAAGGGUGGAUCUUAUGGUCCUUACGUUCAAUCUCUGAGACUUGACCACUACAGAGACAAUACGAACCGUUUAAUUGAGAAUGGCACUGCUUAUCGAUGUUUCUGUUCUGACAAACGUGUUGAACUUUUGCGACGAGAAGCUGUACGCAGGGGAGCUGUGCCUCGUUAUGACAAUCGUUGUCGCAGUUUGAGCUCUGAUGAAAUAGCUGAAAAACUUUCCACAGGAACCACACAUUGUAUACGUUUCAAAUUGGAGGCUGGUCCUGAUAUGUUUGAAGACAUUGUGUAUGGAAAAAUAGUCCUAGAUACAGCUUCAAUUGAAGGGGAUCCUGUUAUUCUGAAGAGUGAUGGUUUCCCCACUUAUCACUUAGCAUGUGUAAUUGAUGAUCAUCUAAUGGAAAUCUCACAUGUUUUAAGAGGGGUGGAGUGGCAGAUCUCAACAUCAAAGCAUUUACAGUUAUAUAGAGCUUUUGGAUGGAAACCUCCACAGUUUGGCCAUUUGCCGCUGCUCAUGAACAGUAAUGGCACCAAACUAUCUAAGCGUCAGGGGGAUAUCGAUGUUCAGCAUUUCAAACAAACUGGUGUUUUUCCUGAAGUAUUACUUAGUUUUGUCACAGAAUUUGGGGGAGGAUUCAUUCGAGAACGUGGUGAGGCCACAGUUUACACCAUGCAAGAUCUUAUCAAACAGUUUAAUUUUUCUUCCCUGCAUACAAGCUCAUGUAAAGUUGAUCUAGACAGAUUAACACGGCUGAAUCGAUUGGAAUUGGAUAGGAAGCUACAAAACCCAGAAAGUUUAAAACUUCUGUGUAGACAACUGAGGAAUCUAGUUCUUGAGAAGAACAACGGGGAAUUAUCACCAAAUUCUCCUACUCUAUCAGAUGCCAAUUUAAUCAGAUUACUUCAGUGGGGGUUGCCUCGAAUGUCUCGCUUAGAGGACUUUAUUGGUGAUGACCUCAAAUACAUUUGGUUUAAACCAUCUCAUACACUUCUACUAGAAACUGUAAAGGAUUCACCUGAAAAAUUUGCAAGUGUAUUGGAGGAAGCCUCAGUCUGUAUCCCCAAAGUAAAUAUCACAGAUAAGGGCAGCUUUGCAGAGGCCAUUAAGAACCAUUGCAAAUCUGUAGACCUCAAUUACCGUUCUGCUAUGAAAAGUUUGCGUGCUGCCCUUUGCGGUCUUAAGGCUGGCCCUCCUGUGGCUGAACUGAUUGACAACAUUGGUAAAGAGGAAGCCACAUUACGUCUCCAACUAGCCGCACAAGCACUGCGGAAAAAGAGAUUGAAUUCUGAUACCCAACUUUCAUAAAUAAAUGAGACAAUACAAUA